AUGAUUAUUGUUAGAUUGGCGAAUAACACCUGUGUCAUUAAUCCCGAAGUUACGUCUGGGCCGUAUCAUAUCGAUGGAGAGCUGUAUCGUCGGGAUAUUCGUGAUGGAGAGCCUGGCGUGCCGCUAUGGAUGGACAUUGGUAUCAUCGACAUUGAUACGUGUCAGCCUCUCCCUGGGGUAUUCCUCGAAUUCUGGCACUGCAACUCGACGGGGUAUUACUCAUCAUACACGGGUAUUGACCCGGACACUAUGCAAUACACCCUCCCAACGAAAGACGACGGGACUACGGAUGAUUUGAUUUUCCUCCGGGGAUGGCAGGUCUCAGAUGAGAAUGGGAUCGCGGAGUUCCUUACUAUUUUCCCCGGCUGGUAUAGCCCGAGAGCUGUCCAUGUACAUGUGAUUGCUCAUAUAGACGCAACACUCGCAGAUAACGGGACGCUGAUUGGAGGAGAGCAGGUCCAUGUCGGACAGCUGUUCUUCGACGAAGAUUUGACCUACGCUAUCCAUAACACAUCUCCGUACACCGGUCACUCACAAGCUCAACGGCCUUCGAAUGACCACGACCAAGUUUAUCCUCAAUCGAACACCACGGGGUGGUAUCCCGUGGUCGAGAUCGUCCAGCUGGGAGGAAACUAUAGUGAUGGUUUAUUGGGAUAUAUCACUAUUGGUAGGCAUGGUUGUUUUCUUUUGGGAGCUGUAGUCUCAUCCGUAACCAAUAGCGGUAUCCACGACUGGUAA